AUGCUUGUUGGCGGCAGUGAGCCUAUAUGCUUGUUGGUGGCAGUGAGCCUAUAUGCUUGUUGGCGGCAGUGGGUCUGUAUGCUUGUUGGCAGCAGUGGGUCUAUAUGCUUGUUGCAGCUAGUACAAGUAAGACAAAUUGAAACAGAUGAAUUUAUCGAUCCUAAUGACCCUAUGUAUGCUCGCUGGAAGACUAAAGUUCACCCAGAGACACCAGUCAAGUAUCACCCUGACAGUCUGUUGCCUCAACCUGUGAAAGGAAAAACGUUUGAGAGAUUGCCUCUCAGGUUGAUGUUAGAGGCCGACACCACCUAUACAUUCUGUACUUGUGGAUACAGCAAACAACAGCCAUUCUGUGAUGCUUCGCACAAGUCACCCCACUUUAUGUCCACACGUCCCCACCACCUCAAGUAUCGACCUAUAACUUUCACAGUGAAGGAGACAAAGGAGUACUGGCUGUGCAUGUGUAAGCAGUCAGACAACCGUCCAUUUUGUGACGGUUCUCACAAAAAAAUUGAGGAUCCCUCCGCACCAAAAGAUAAAUAA